CGGAGUGUGGCGGUAGGUUCAAAGGUGAGUCUACAGGCCGCAUCCUGUCUCCUGGAUAUCCCUUUCCUUACGACAACAACCUGCGCUGUACCUGGACCAUCACUGUCAACUCUGGCAACAUCGUCAGCCUCCAGUUCCUGGCGUUCGACACAGAGGCAUCUCACGACAUCCUGGAGGUUUGGGACGGACCAGCAGAAAAUGAGAUGUCUCUGAGGGAGGUGUCUGGCUCCCUGCUCCCCGAGGGGAUACACAGCACCCUCAACGUCGUCACCAUUCAGUUCCAGACUGACUUCUACAUCACCAAGUCUGGCUUCGCCAUCGACUUCUCAAGUUCAGUGGCGACAGCCUGCAGAGAUCCAGGCCUGCCUAUGAACGGCAGUCGUCACGGAGAUGGGAGAGAACCAGAUGACACGGUGACCUUCUCCUGUGAUCCAGGAUAUGAGCUGCAGGGAGAGAGCAAGAUCACCUGCAUCCAAGUGGACAACAGAUACUACUGGCAGCCCAGCCAUUGUUUCAGUAUCGAGCCCAACUACGACUUCCUGUAUAUCUACGACGGACCGGACAGCAACAGUCACCUGAUUGGUAGUUUCCAGGACAGCAAGCUCCCAGAAGAAGAUAGAGAGCGUAUCUGGAAGAUAAAGCUGACGGCUCAGUGA